AUAAUUUUUCUUUGUUUUUCGUCAGAAAUGAUUGGGGUGUAACGAUACCUAGAGAAAAGGCGGGCGCUGGUUUUCAAGGCACAGCUUUGUUCCCUCGGCCUUCUUUGUAAAUUGUAAAAUUGUUUUCCUGUGCCAUGAUGAACGCCACUUACUGUGGCCUCUAUGACUAUGAUACGGGCAAUGCCUCGUUCAACUCGACGGACCUCGGGCCCGAUGUUCCUCGGGUCUGCCUCGCCCUGCUGCCGCCGGAGAUCCCGUACAGCCCGAUCGUGACCACGCUCCUGGUCGCCAUCAUGUCGCCGGUCAUCUUCCUCAUCGUUGUGGGCAACAGCCUGGUGAUCUACGCCUGCCUGACGGACAGCAAGCUGAGGCGCCCGCACCACUGGUUCCUCAUCUCCCUGGCCGUCAGCGACCUGACCGUGGGGCUACUGGUCAUGCCGUUCGCGCUCGUCAACGAGGUGCGGGGCUCGUGGCCGUUCGGUUCGGUGUGGUGUGAGAUCCACGUGACGGUGGACGUGCUGGCCUGCACCGCCUCCAUCUACAACCUGUGCGCCAUCGCGCUGGACAGAUACUGGUGCUCCACGAGGAUGAACUACGCCCGUCUGCAGAGCUCGACGCGCGUGGGGGCCCUGAUCCUGACGGUGAUGAACUACGCCCGUCUGCAGAGCUCGACGCGCGUGGGAGCCCUGAUCCUGACGGUGUGGGUGCUGGCGCUGACCGUGUGCCUGCCGCCACUCAUGGGCUGGGGGGAGGAGCUCGGCAUGGGGGAGGGGAUGUGCGGCCUCAGCUCCUUCUUCCCGUACGUGGUUCUGUCAAGCACACUAUCGUUCUUCAUCCCGCUGGUCGUCAUGGUAACGCUGUACGCCAUGAUCCUGAACUCCCACCGUUCCCGGAAGAACUGGCGGCGGAAGCUGGGGAAGGGGCCGUCCUGCUCCACAACCGUCACUAACAACACCUUCAAGAGCCGCAACAUGUCCGCAGCUGAGGACGGGGAGAUGAGCCCCACCAGGAAAGAGGCGCCGGUCAGCACGGAUGAGGACUCUGCCACGCCCAAGUCCAGUCCGAAUGACUGCCGGACCGUCGCGGCCAGGCCGGCGGACGGAAGACGCUCUAGCGCCGAGGAUGCCGACCCGGAGGCGGCCGAGAGGGAGACCGAGUUCAGCGGCGCAAGAUUUCUGGCCCUGAACGGGACCGUCCGGCAUGGCGCCCCCGCCCGCAGGAUAGAGAGAUCCGCGUCAGGCCCGCUCUCCCCUCUCUCGAUCCGCCUGGAUGCAGCCGGCAUCGAGGCCCCGCAAACGUCACCGAUGCGGCGACGACGGAAGGCCGGUCAGCCUCCCUUACAGGCCCCGCCGCUGAACCUCCUCCUGUGCCCGGCGCUUCUCACGGCCAAGUGGCACGCCAGAACCCCGCAGCCCGCCGGCGGCAUCCCCCAGCUAGACAUGCCGUCCUUUCGCAACCUGGUGCAGGUGGGGUCCCCCAUGCGGCAGUGUGCCGCCCAGCGUCGCGAGCGGCGCUUCGUCUUCAUCAUCGGGGUGGUGAUGGUGACCUUCACGCUUUGCUGGCUGCCGUUCUUCACGUUCUACCUGCUGUGCGUGCUGUGGUGGCAGUGCUUCCCGCGCUGGCUGUUCGUGCUGUCCGUGUGGCUCGGCUACUGCAACAGCGCCCUCAACCCCGCCAUCUACGCCAUCUGGAACGACGCCAUCCGCGAGGCCUUCAAGAAUGCGCUCUGCAGCAAGGCUCCCGGACACGCGACUCCUUAACCCGUCUAUGAAGACCUCUUCGUUUUAACAUGGUAGUCAAAUAUCCAACAUGGCCGCGCCCAUGGACGCAUACGAAAGCAAUACAGGUUUUGCUAUCGCAA